AUGCGCCUGGGCAACAUAACUGCUGCAAUACUUGUUACUGGUGUAUAUUCUGUUACAGAGCACGAUAAAUUGGCAGCUAUAGGACUUGAAAAUCUCAAGAUCGAUGUGACAAAGAAUGGUCAUCCCAGUUCUAGCCAUUGUACAUUAGAGAAUGUCGCCGUCAGACGUGAGUGGUCGUUUCUAUCGAAGUAUGAAAAGCGAAACUACAUCGAAGCCAUUCAGUGCCUCCACUCGAAGCCUGCUUUGACUCCAGCUGCCGUUGCGUCUGGAGCGAAGAGUCGCUUUGAUGACUUUGUCGUGACACAUAUUGUGCAGACAUACCAAGUCCACGCAACCGCCAACUUCCUCUCCAGGCAUCGUUACUACAUCUGGGCCUACGAGCAACUGCUACGCAACGAAUGCGAUAUACUCAACUUCCAGAGUCGGAUGCAGGGUGACUUUGCAAACGGCUACCUAGGAGUGCACAGUGCGGGUCACUAUACUGUUGGUGGAGAUGCUGGCUCCGACUUCUUCAACUCCCCGUCUGACCCUGCUUUCUACUUCCACCAUGCAAUGAUUGACCGAAGUUGGUGA